UGCAGAGACGGCCGGCUGAAAAUCAACCGAUCAGACCGUAUACGACAUCGCAGACAACAGUUGUCUCGACGCGGCUGCGAGGUGUACGCGUUCUACCUGUGUCAGUGCUCCGUUCUCCCAAAUGUGAUCGUUUAUUCUAACCUCAAAAAAAGCGCGGAUGUUCACACUCAUUUGGCCGGACAUUAAUUGCGAGCAAGUAUGGUGACUAAAGUUAAGUGGAAGUCGAACCUGAGUGUUAUUAUUGUUUUGCUGCAAUUUUGCCGGGGUUCGUUCGUUGACGGACAUAAAAUAUGCAAUCAUGUGCACCCCAAACAUCAAGAGGUUCUGCACACUCACAUAGAACCAGAACAUGUAAUGAAAAAACGAAGCGUUAAUCAACCCCUUAGAAUUCUUCUGUGGUAUGAUCAUAGUGUGUACAGAUUGGACCAUGAGAGAUUUCAAUUAAUAAACGAUACAAUAUUGCCGCAGGCGGUUAGUUUUUGGGAAAAGGCCCUGUUUGUCAGAAGAGUGGAGAAUGUUAUACGCUUAACAAGAAAAUGCAACGAAAGCCAAAUAUUCGUGAAGGACUCUCACACCCACUGCAUAGACGCGUGCAAGGAAAAAACGAUGUGCGGCGAGGUCGAAGUGCCGGAAGACCAUCUGGACAUUUGCAGGACCUGCAACGCGACCGGCCAGGAGUGCGGCGAGGCGAAAGGUUCGAAACCUGGACGGGGCAUCCAGGAUUACGAUUUCGUUUUCUACGUUUCGGCUAUGCAAACUGAACGCUGCAACAAAUCGUUGACCGUCGCUUAUGCGGCUCAUUGUCAGCAGGAAUCGGCUCUGGACAGGCCAAUAGCCGGUCACGCAAAUCUGUGCCCGAACAGCAUAAGUACAAAACGGCAGGAGCUGGAAAUCCUAUUGUCAACGGUGAAGCACGAAAUUUUGCACGCGCUGGGUUUUUCCGUCAGCCUUUACGCCUUCUACCGCGAUUCGGAUGGAAAUCCGUUGACCGAAAGGCGGCCGGACACAGGAAAACCACCCCUCAACGAAACGCUACAAACGUACCAAUGGAGCGACUCGGUAAUAAAAACGUUCAAGAGACCAAAUUGGUUGGUCAGAUCCGGGGUGAUAAAACGUGACGUACAAAUGAUCGUCACCCCCAACGUGAUCCGCGAGACCCGUGACUACUUCAACUGUUCAAUACUGGAGGGAGCCGAGCUGGAGGACCAAGGCGGCGAAGGCACCGCACUGACCCAUUGGGAGAAACGCGUCUUUGAGAACGAGGCAAUGACUGGCACCCACACCCAGAACCCAAUUAUUUCGAGAAUAACGCUCGCCUUAAUGGAGGAUACGGGCUGGUACAUUGCGAACUAUUCAAUGGCAGAGGAAAUGUCUUGGGGGAAAGGUCUCGGCUGCGAUUUUGUCAUGAAAAGCUGCAAGGAAUGGAUCACGAUGAAGUCCACAAAAGGAUUUUCCAUACAUCCAUUCUGCAACAAAUUGAAGCGUGAGCCACUGCAGACCGAAUGCACGGACGAUCGGACGUCAGUGGCACUUUGCAAUCUUAUACAACAUGGGCAGCUAUUACCCAAAUUGUAUCAGAAUUUUGACUACAUACAACACGUGGAGGCUGGCAAGGAAGGCUACUAUGGAGGAUCCGUAACUUUGGCCGACUACUGUCCCUACAUCCAGGAGUUCACUUGGCGAUCCAAAAAUGUGAUCGUCCGCGGUUCACAUUGUCAGUACGUCGAAAACAACCCGAAGCCGGACAAAAAUUUCGCCUUGGAAAAGUAUGGCGAGAAUUCGAGAUGUUUCGAACACACCAAUCAAAUGUGGGAGGAACGUUCCUGUAGGCAAAUGAGGCAGUGGCAACAUUGGGGAUCUGGAUGUUAUGGUUAUAGGUGUCAAAAUGGCAGAUUGCAUAUUUUGGUUGGCAACUACUCCUACGAAUGUUUUCAUGCCAAUCAGGAAAUUUCCAUAAGGAUAAUAAGCAACGGGUGGCUUCAUAAAGGCGCCGUCAAAUGUCCUCCAUGCAAGGAAAUAUGUGCGAAAGAGUUCGAGGCCAGAGGCGAGAGAUGCAAGCUGGGCGACGAGUCCCCACCGGCCACGGCCUACCCCAGAGACGAGCUCCACUGCGACGGACACGCCGUCUCCUCGUCCACGUUGUUUGUAUUGUUGGUGCAGAUUUUGUUGCUGGCGCACAAUCUGUGGGCCAGAUAAGUUUUAAGCUCAAAUUUGUUAACAAAAAAAAGUGUUCGUUCUAACGAAAUGUUUUAGUCACUCGUGUGUCAUGGUUUUUGACGUUUUUUAAAAACAAUUUUUAGAGAUAGAUUUACUAGUUGUUUCGCCCGGAAGGGGCGGAGACUGUAGAUCUUUUUUUUAUAUUUUAAUCAUUUUUGUCGAUAAUAUUGCCCUGAAAAUUUGUUGAGGACAACGUUAAUGAUUCGCUAUUGAUUAUAUUGUGAUAUGCCAUAACAAUAAAUAGAGAAAUUACGCGAUUUUAUUCAAAAUUGUUUCACAUUUAUGUAUAUAUGUUCGUUUUUUAGGUUUCGUCAGAAAAUCUAUUGUAAUACAAGACUGAAAUUUGCUGAAAAAAAUCCGUCAAAAAUUAAACAAGCAACAGUCAAUCAACUGAUAAACCCCAUAAAAACUUCCUUCCAUAUUUAAUUUUUGUGUUGUUAAUGUUAGUCAAUGUCUUGACAUUAAUGUAAUUAAAUAUGGUACUUGUAAAUUACAUUCCGAAAUUACAUAUGUGGCUGUGUGAAAGUAUUUUAAUUUCUGACAUUAAUAAUAUUUUGUAGCCAAUCUUCCUCAGUGGUGGCUUAGCACCAUCAAAAACUGCACAGGGAAAAUAAUAAGUAACUGGUUGUUUAUUUGUAACACUAUGAUGGAUUAUCACCUUACUUUUCUACGUUUUCUUCUUUAGUUUGUUGGAAUUUUCAAUUGUAUACUUAUUGUUAAUCUUUUUUAUCAAAAUAUGUAUGUUCAUUUACUAAAAAUGUAGUUUAAAAUGACAACUACUUUUGUUUUUGUACAUACAGAUGUAUAUUGAUUAAUUAAUUUGUUUUAAUAAUGAGUUCUGUGUGUUUGUUGCCAUUUUAAACAAUAUGCUGUAAACAUGUUUUAAUUAAAACAACUCUGAAAGCACCAAUAUUUUACAGCCUGUAUAAAUACUCGAUUAAAAUAAAUAUUUGUUUUUAACAUCAAUCUCUUUAAACCUUUAAACAUCACAUACUUUAUACGGUCAUAAGUGAGUUGUGUGACCACGUUACUGAAUAAAUAAUAAUAGAUAUUCUGUACACAGUUUUUGAUGAGUAUCUAAGUUCAUCUUUGGACAUAUACAUUCCUCUUAGUUUAGAUUAGUUGUAGGUUAGAGCCGACAAUCUGUUCCAAAAAGUAGUUUUUUGAAAUAAGAAAAAUAUGUGGUUCUGUCCUGUAUUUGUGUAUAUAUUUAAAAACAUUUUAAUUAAUGAAC